CUUGCCCCUUGCUGUUGGUUGGCAGGUUCCUGGUGAGUUUUAUGGUGGAUGCACGUGGGGGCUCAAUGCGAGCAAGCCGCCACAUUGGGCUGCGUGUGAUCAUCCCACCCCAAACAUGCAACGCUCCGACCAGGAUCACCUGCCGCUUGGUCAAAUCCCAGAAACUGGUGAGUCCCCCGCCGCUGGUGGAAGGAGACGGAUUGGGCAGCAGGGUGAUCGCUCUGGGACCUGCUGGGAUCCAGUUCCUCGGACCCGUCAUUGUUGAGAUCCCACACUACGCCUCUGUGAGCCACGCAGAUCGGGAGCUGGCAGUCCUGCGCAGCGAGAACGGCUCGACGUGGAAAGAUCACCAGAAUUCCUAUGGAACGGAGCACCUGGAGCCGCUGCUGAACAGAAUGGAUGAAGACCUGGACAGCUGCGAGGAGCUGGAGAGAAAGCGGAUAUGCCGUAUUAUUUCCAUGGACUUCCCACUCUACUUUGCCGUGGUGUCCCGGAUCAAACAGGACAUUGCGUGGAUCGGCCCGGAGGGAGGUGUUGUUCACAGCACGCUUGUCCCGAAAGUGCAGACCAUCUUCCCCAUCUCGGCUGUCAUCAAGAGAGUGCGCCUCGGUGUCCAGGCCCAGCCCAUUCCCGAUGAGUUGGUCACCAAGCUGGUGGGUAACCAGGCCACAUUCAGCCCGAUAGUGACCGUGGAGCCGCGGAGAAGGAAGUUCCACAUCCCGAUUGGCCUCCAGAUCCCACGGCCCCCCUCCUGGAAGAACAACCCACGGGACACCAGUGAGGGGGAUGGUACCAGCCUCCGACUGCUCUGCAGUGUCAUAG